AUGCCGGUCUUAGUAAAAGCGGAUGAAACUCCAGAGAACAAUUGGUUGAUUGAUGGCUUUGAUAUUUAUAUCAAGCAAAUCACCAAAACUCUACACCUCUUUUCAAACACUCACUUUGACCCUAUUACAAUGUCCGAAAACAUCAUCCGAGUUGGUAUUCUUAAUGCUAAAAACCUUGCUGCAGCUGAUAAUACUGGAUUCUCAGAUCCAUAUGUUGUAAUGCGAGUAAACCACAAAAAGUACAAGACCAAAGCCAUCAAACAGACAUUGGAUCCAGUGUGGGAUGCUCACUUUGACACCAAAGUCUCUCCUAAAAAGACGCCUACUUUGUUGUCAUUCACCGUUUGGGACAAGGACACAUUUGGCAGAGAUUUCCUCGGCGAAGUGACAAUUCCAUUCAAGAACAUUUUUGAUAGAAACAACCAAGGUGUAUCAGACGGUGUACCUCGAAACUACAAGGACCCCAGCAAUUACGAAGCCUACUUUCAGUUGGCAAAGAGGAGUGAAAAGAACAAUGUCUCGGGAGACCUUUGCCUAAAGUUUGGCAUACUGGAAGAUCACAUUGGAGAUGUCAAAAGAUAUGCUGAUGCUUGGGAGCUAUUGAAUCCUUAG